UCAUACUCACAGACCACUCACUUCAUUUCUCUCUCUCUCUCUCUCUCUCUCUCUCUAAAAUGCAACUCCUCCAUUCUCCAUCUUCACCAUAUCUCUCUCUUCUAAGCUCAAAAUUACAACCGAAAGCGGUACGUCUUUCACCAGAGAAUUGUCUCCCAGUUCAGCCUCGAAGACUCGAAAGGUCCAUAUGGGUAUUGGACAAACGCUCCAUUUUGAGUUCUGUUUCUACUAAAGCUGCCUCUGUUGAAGCUGGCACUUCUGCGAUAUCUAUUGGAACAGCUGAGAGUGAUGUGUUGAAAGCCUUGUCCCAAAUCAUUGACCCAGAUUUUGGGACAGAUAUUGUUUCAUGCGGAUUUGUGAAAGAUCUGCACAUCAAUGAGGCUUUGGGGGAGGUUUCAUUUCGAUUGGAGCUCACUACACCAGCAUGUCCAAUCAAGGACAUGUUUGAGCAGAAGGCAAAUGAGGUUGUAGCGAUGCUUCCUUGGGUUAAGAGUGUGAAUGUGACAAUGUCAGCACAGCCAGCACGACCCAUUUUUGCUGGGCAACUUCCAGUGGGUUUACAGAAAAUUUCAAAUAUUGUGGCAGUUUCAAGUUGCAAGGGAGGCGUUGGAAAAUCUACUGUAGCAGUAAACCUUGCUUAUACUUUGGCUGGUAUGGGUGCUAGAGUUGGUAUCUUUGAUGCUGAUGUCUAUGGUCCCAGUUUACCAACAAUGGUCUCCCCUGAAAACCGACUGUUAGUAAUGAACCCAGAGAAGAAAACCAUAAUACCAACUGAAUACUUGGGAGUUAAGAUGGUAUCUUUUGGAUUUGCGGGACAAGGACGUGCGAUCAUGCGAGGUCCAAUGGUUUCUGGGGUCAUCGACCAACUUCUGACUACAACUGAAUGGGGAGAGCUGGAUUAUCUUGUUAUUGAUAUGCCCCCAGGAACUGGUGAUAUUCAACUUACUUUAUGCCAGGUAGUCCCUUUAACCGCUGCUGUUAUUGUUACCACUCCUCAAAAGCUGGCAUUUAUCGAUGUUGCGAAAGGAGUUCGUAUGUUUUCAAAGCUUAAGGUGCCAUGUAUUGCUGUAGUUGAGAAUAUGUGCCACUUUGAUGCUGAUGGAAAACGCUAUUAUCCAUUUGGUAGAGGUUCAGGCUCUCAGGUUGUCCAGCAGUUUGGAAUCCCUCAUCUAUUUGAUCUUCCAAUUAGACCAACUCUGUCUGCUUCUGGAGAUAGUGGAAUGCCUGAAGUGGUGGCCGAUCCUCAAGGUGAAGUUGCAAAUACAUUUCAGAACCUUGGAGUUUGUGUGGUGCAACAGUGCGCCAAAAUUCGGCAACAAGUGUCCACAGCUGUCACCUAUGAUAAAUCUUUCAAGGCAAUCAGGGUGAAGGUACCAGAUUCAGAUGAAGAAUUCUAUCUGCAUCCUGCAACUGUGAGACGGAAUGAUCGCUCUGCACAAAGUGUGGAUGAAUGGACCGGUGAGCAGAAACUCCAAUAUACAGAUGUUCCAGAAGAUAUUGAACCUGAAGAAAUUCGGCCUAUGGGGAACUAUGCUGUUUCAAUAACAUGGCCAGAUGGAUUUAGCCAGAGUGAAGUUUCUGACUGGGUCUACUAUCAUUCAAGGGCAGCCAUCAACCUCAUGGCAAACCUAAUAAUUCCUUUCUUUGACCAAAUCACAAAACUAUUUCUGCCGAUGCUGUGCUAAGUCUAUACGAUUACCAUUGGCAACUUUUCUCAUGCAAUUGACACAAUAAUAUAAAAAUGGGAGACUGAUUGCAGCAAUUGAACCAGCUGAUUUGGUUGGAUCACAUUGCAUUCAGCUCAGCCAUUAACACUGGGUAUCCAUAUAUUAGGGAUUAAGUAGUGACUCAGCAGUUUUAACUGUGAAGAAUUUGUUAGAUGGCUGUCAAUGAUGAUUACUAGCAUCUGGAGACUGAUUCUUGUGACUGAGUGUGCGUUUGGAUAUCGCUUAUUUUGCUGAAAACUGAAAACACUGUAGCAAAAUAAUUUUUAAAUGUGUGAAUAGUGCC